CAACUCUGCAUUCUUGUGAAGAAGGUCCUUACCUUACUGAAUGAAUUCAUAGCUGUACCGUUGAGUCCCGUCUCAAAAGAUCUCCGGAAGAUUCAGAAGACUGAUGACUCCGAGUUGGAAGUGGAAGAAAAACAAACAAAGCAAACGACGCUAAGCGCAUGGGAUGGAGAAGUUCUACAGAAAUCCCGGGAGGUGCAGAUAGACGCAGUUGUUGGCUCUCCCGGUGACAAUGAAUCCUUAGCGGUGGAAGUCGAGGAGUAUCCUGAUGCGAAUCUGAAGCACCGAAGGCCAGUGGCGGAUUCGAAUCGAUCGACAGGUAUAAUUGCUUCAGAAAAGUCGGUGACUGAUGUGCAGACGGACGACACCGUUGACUCAGGAUAUGAAUCAGCUCUUUCAAUCCGUGAAUAUGAUCACAUUAAAGCCUGGUUGGGUGCGAGGUCAGUCAACAAAUCCGAGGUUUAUUCUGGAUCGGGCUAUGAUGGUGCCGCAUCUGGAUCAUCGUCCUAUGCGGCAUCGGUCGUUUCAAUCUUUUCCGUGGCAUCCUUAGCAUCCUCGGCAUCUGAUAUAUCGAGAGGAAGUGGAUAUUCUGCAGUACAAAUCGCAACAGCUACCAAGGUAUUACUCUCGGUCUUCUAUGAAGACAAGACGCUAUUGUCGCUUUAUAAGAACGCCAUAGGAAACGAGAACAUCGGACCAGAAAGGCUACAGAGAAACCUCCGACGACUCUUCCGGGCAUACGCUGGUCUGUUGGAGAACGAAGCCACGGAAAGAUUAGAGUAUCUAUCAUCGCGACUCGUCCUUAUAAAGUCGGCUUUCUUAGCACAGUCCAUUGUUGAGAAGUUGCAAAACGGCCAAGUGGGCGCACGAUCACCUCGCAGCGAGCGCAACGAAGAAAGCUCUGAUGAAGAAGAUGAUAGUUCCAAUACACAUUUAGUGAAUGAGGACGCUUUCGAGGACCUUGCGAUCUUUCGCGAGUUCUUAGUUGGAAGCGGUGCAUUCAGAACUUUUCGCGAUCAAUUGGAGGCAUUCGUACUACCGAAACCGAUACAUCUGACGCAUGAAGAGCUUAUCGGCAAAAGAGAAGCGUCAAACGCGACGACGAUGAAGCCGGUCCCGAUGAAGGCAGUCUCAGGACAUAGAAAUGUCUUGACCUGGCAAAAAUGGUGUCGUGAUGCAAAGCUAAGCACCGAUGGUUUGUUUCACGGUGCUUAUCUUGAGACUACUGCAACGAGCUUAUUCCAUCUUAUGAUGGAUGCUAUUUCCUUAGCAACAGAUGAUCUUCUGGUUGCUUCAGGUCGACUAGAGCCGCCUCUGAGUCCGAACAUGGUCCGCCUUCGAUGGCAAUGCGUAUGUGUUUUCUACUCUAAAGCGCUUCCUUACUACCAAUUCAUACGCUAA